UCUCAACUUAGGUUUAAAAACAUGAAAACACACACAAACACCAUUUAAGAUUACUUGUUUAAACUAAACUAGUUCAGCAGUAAUGUUGUGCAGUUAUUUGAUCUUGUUCAGUUUCUUUUUCAAUCUUUCUUUAACAAAGUUGUAAUCUUUUUCUUUAAUAAGAUGAGUGAUAACAAAGAUAACACCAAAAAACAGCAUUCCACACCUUCUCCAGUUCAAGAAACCCUAGAAGAACCACCGGUGGUCGCCACCACCCCCACCUUUCUCUCACCGCCCCCACCACAACCACCGACGACCACCCGUUACAACCCACAAGAACCACUAAACACCAAAAGACCAAGAUACACUAGCGUCACCGGCCAAUGGAAGCUUCUACCAUCACCACCACCAAAACAAAACCCUACCAACACAACAACCACCGACAAAACCCCUUCUCCAUCCACAAACCACCCACAACCACCAGCACACGCCGCCGUCUCAUCAUCCGACACCACCUCAUCCCCGUCGCAAGACACCAGCAAGCCGGAGAUAGAAAACCAAUACACACAACACCAAAUGAGAAAAGGUAAAUAUGUAAGCCCAGUGUGGAAACCAAACGAAAUGUUAUGGCUAGCUAAAGCAUGGAGAAUCCAAUACCAAGGUGUCGGGUUUUCAGAUCACGCAUCCGAAAACCCAAUACCAGAAACAACAAAAACAAUAACCACAACACAAUCCAGAGGGAAAACAAGAGCCGCAAAAGAUAAAGAAGUUGCAGACUUUUUGCAACGAAACGGGGUUAAUCGUGACGCUAAAACCGCAGGGACUAAGUGGGAUAACAUGUUGGGUGAGUUUAGGAAAGUGUACGAGUGGGAGCGAGGUGGCGAGCGAGAGCAAAUUGGUAAGAGUUACUUUCGGUUAUCUCCUUAUGAAAGGAAGUUGCAUAGGUUGCCUGCUUCAUUUGAUGAAGAGGUGUUCGAAGAGUUGGCACAGUUUAUGGGUUCUAGAAUGAGAACACCACAAACUGGUGUUUGCAGAGGUGGCUCGCCGUUUCUUUUGACUGCCGGUAGUGGUGAUCAUGAUUCUCGCUUGGCGGUUGCUGAUGCUAAAUCGUUUCCGGCUUCGGUUUUACGUGACGAUGAUGUCCCGUUCUCGUCUUCUGGGAGGGGUGGCAGGCAUAUGAUGAUGGCGGAUAAUCGUGGUGGUGAAGGGUAUCUUCAUGGUGUUAGAGGAAGCUUGUUAGGGAUGGAGAGUUCAUCAAUGGAGGUUGAAGGAGGGGGUCAGUACGAUGCUUCUUCCACGUCAGCAUUGAAGGAGCUAAGAAGAAUUGGUAAAGUGAGAAUGGUGUGGGAAGAACUUGUCAGCUUAUGGGCUGAAGAUGGUGAGCAUCAUAGAGGUAGAAUUAAGGUUCAAGGUACAAGCUUUUUAAACGCGGAUGAACUCACUUACAUGGAUGAUGCAAUGGUUGCUUGUACCUUGGAAGCCUUUGAAGAUGCAAAUUCCCCUCUUAGAGGGUUUUCUGUUGAUAGGUUUCUUCCUGGCCAACAAAUCAAAGUAUUUGGCAGAAGAAUGGCAACCCAUCUUUCUGGUUUCAUUAAUGAGAGACCUCAAGGUCCUUUAGAACUCUCUAAUAGAUCAUCUAUAACAUCCUGGGACUUUCAAGAUCCAACAGAGUAUUACUUGGGUAAUCUUCAUGUUCCACCACCAUCUCUACCAAGUUUGAUUGAUCUUCCAUGGUACUUACAAGAACCACCACAAGAACAGUUUCGAUUCCCUGUUCGAAAAGAUUUGUACCGAGAUCUUCCUCAAGGAAAAGAAGUCUUCUUCACCACCUCUUCUGAACCGUUGGAUUGUCGGUCCAUCACAUUUGAGAUCUUAAGCCCAAUUGUUCGAUCAAACCCUACUCUCACCACAACCACAAGAGAAUCCUUCAUUGGCCUUUGGGAUGAUUGCAUCAAUCAGGUUGUUUCAAAGUUUAUUAAUCAUGACAUGGUGUUCAUUCGAAAAUCGUCUCAUUUAUCAAACAAUGGCAUACAAGAUCAAUGGCCUAAUGUAACAGGUUUUGUGCGGAAUUUUUGUUUAUGGAGAGGGGAAGAAACUGAUAGAUUACGAGAAGAUAAUAAUCUUGAUCCAUCAUCUUUAUUAGUACAAAAGUUGUUGUGGAGUUAUGUGGAUCUUCCUUACAUUUUGGGUUAUUAUGCAGUUGGUUAUAUUGUCACCUUUUGUGCGUUAAGUCGAACAGAUGAUACCCUCAUCCGAACCGAUCUACACACAGUUGACUUAUCGACACCUGGAGAUCGAAUCAAAGCUUUGGUUCCCUGUUGGAGGAUCGCAGGCUUGUUGUCAUUGUUGGCCGAUCGUUGCGCCGACAUCCAGCAGAUCAACAAAUCAUUUCCAUACAGCGAUUUCGAAAGAAUCGACUUGGGUAACAACAACGUUAUCGAAGUAACACCAAAUUACAUGACUCGGAUUUUUCCAACCAAGCGAAAAUGGGUUACUGUAAAAGAAAUCUAUGAUUUUCUAGAUCAUCGGAUUCCGAAUGCAGAAUACAUUUGCCAGUCAUCGGAACACGAUUUAAGUUUAAGUUUCAAACCAAGAGGAUACAGGCUAAAGCUAUCGAGCUACGAGCAGCUGGUCGAGGCUCUGAAACAUGUAACGAAAGCGUUAGUUGUAUUACACGAUUUGUCAUUCAUGCACCGUGACUUAGGCUGGGAUAAAGUGAUGCGAAGAAACGACAGAGAAAAUGAGUGGUUCGUCAUAGGAUUUGAUGAAGCGGCCAGCGCGCCACAAAUAUACCCACCCCAACAAGAUGGUGGGGUGGGGUCAAAAAUUCCCCCGACCCCAUCUCCAGUUUCUGUGUCAGGGAGACACGCUCCAGAGAUGAAGGGUCGGGGGAUGUAUGGGGUAAAGGUUGAUGUAUGGGGGGUAGGCCACAUGCUGAAGACAUGUGGGCUUGUGGGGUUACCCAAGGCAUUGAGAGAGUUGCAGAACAGGUGUUUGGAUCUGAACCCAGAACAGCGGCCAACGGCUGCGGAUUGCUAUCACCACCUGCUGCAGCUAUAGUCAUCAAUGUCAGGUGAUUCCUAAAAAUAAAAACUAAAAUGGUUUGUAUUCUUUUGCAAAAUAUAUAAUUCACAACACAUGCAUUUAUGAAUUCAAUAUCAAGUGAUCAUUGAGCCAGCAAUAGGCCAAAAACAAGAUUACAAAAGACCUGCAUGGGGUUUGUAGGAGUGUAGUACAUAGGCCAAAUGAUAGUUGUUAGCGUUUUCAAGGGCAUUUUGGGGAUUUUGUGAACUUUAUUGAUUUAUAAAACUCUACUUGUACUCAUUAAUUUGAAUAUUUCUUAUAAAGUUGAUUGAUAUCUAUUAAUUUAUAAAA